UGUCCAUACUUCCUUGACUUGAAAGAAAACCCUAAGAAUCUUUCACUCUCACUCACUCUUGCGCUCUCUUACUAGGAACCUGAGCUCCUGGAGUUCUCUGGCAUUGAAUGGUUAUCGUUAGAUCUUCGAUCAGGGCAAUGCGAGUGUAGUUUCUCUAUAUGACCCCUUCUCUGAUCAUCAUUACUGGCGUAUCUCAAAAACUGUUGAAAUUGGCAGUCAAUCAAUGAACAUGAGGUUCUCGGACUUCAGGUGCAUAUGUAUAAUUUUAUCAGCACUUCUGAUUUCUGGGAAGGCGGAGAUUUACAUAGCAACUGUUGAAGGGGAGCCUGUCAUAAGUUAUAAAGGAGAUCUCGAUGGCUUUGAAGCCACUGCUGUGGAAUCCGAUGAGAAGAUUGAUACCACUAGUGAAUCAGUUACAUCUUAUGCCCGUCACCUUGAGAACAAACAUGAUAUGCUUCUUGGGAUGCUGUUUGAGCGUGGGACCUACAAGAAGCUCUAUAGCUAUCAACAUCUUAUAAAUGGGUUUGCUGUUCAUCUUUCCCCAGAACAGGCAGAAAUUCUAAGACGUGCUCCUGGAGUGAAAUGUGUUGAAAGGGACUGGAAAGUAAGGAGACUUACAACACAUACGCCAGAAUUUUUAGGACUUCCAACUGGGGUUUGGCCUACAGGCGGUGGCUUUGAUCGGGCUGGAGAAGAUAUUGUGAUAGGAUUUGUGGACUCUGGUAUCUAUCCACACCACCCUAGCUUUGCAACACACCAUACCGACCCAUAUGGGCCAGUUCCAAAAUAUCGAGGAAAAUGUGAGGUUGAUCCAGAUACCAAGAGGAGUUUUUGUAAUGGGAAGAUUAUUGGAGCACAGCAUUUUGCUCAUGCUGCAAUAGCUGCAGGGGCUUUUAACCCUAUAAUUGAUUUUGCUUCUCCUCUGGAUGGGGAUGGUCAUGGAAGUCACACUGCGGCUAUUGCAGCUGGGAAUAACGGAAUUCCUGUAAGGAUGUAUGGUCAUGAAUUUGGGAAAGCAAGUGGAAUGGCUCCCCGUGCCAGGAUUGCUGUAUACAAGGCUCUUUAUAGGCUUUUUGGAGGGUUUGUUGCAGAUGUAGUUGCUGCUAUUGACCAGGCCGUUCAUGAUGGGGUGGAUAUACUCAGUCUUUCAGUUGGACCAAACAGUCCUCCAGCAACCACCAAAACCACAUAUUUGAACCCUUUUGAUGCUACGCUUCUUGGAGCUGUCAAAGCAGGUGUAUUUGUUGCCCAGGCUGCUGGAAACGGUGGUCCUUUCCCUAAGACCUUGGUUUCAUACAGUCCAUGGAUAGUAUCUGUAGCAGCAGCAAUUGAUGACCGUAGAUAUAAAAACCAUCUGACCCUUGGAAAUGGAAAAAUAUUGGCUGGACUUGGGUUGUCACCUUCAACCCAUGCAAAUCGAUCAUAUACAUUGGUUGCUGCUAAUGAUGUGCUGUUAGAUUCUUCAGCUAUGAAAUACAGCCCCACAGAUUGCCAGAGACCAGAAGUUUUAAAUAAGAAAUUGGUAGAAGGGAAUAUUCUUCUUUGUGGCUAUUCUUUUAACUUUGUUGUUGGUACGGCAUCGAUGAAGAAAGUUGCGGAAACAGCCAAGGCUCUUGGUGCAGUUGGAUUUGUUCUUUGCGUGGAAAAUGUUUCUCCUGGAACAAAAUUUGAUCCAAUUCCUGUUAGCACUCCUGGAAUUCUUAUCACAGACGUCGGGAAUUCAAAGGAACUUAUAGAUUAUUAUAAUAUCUCUACACCAAGAGAUUGGACUGGGCGUGUGAAGAGUUUCAAAGGUACAGGUAGCAUUGGGGAUGGUUUAAUGCCUAUUCUCCACAAAUCUGCGCCACAGGUGGCAUUAUUCUCAGCUCGAGGGCCAAAUAUUAGGGACUUCAGCUUCAGAGAUGCAGAUCUUCUCAAACCUGAUAUUUUAGCUCCUGGUUCAUUGAUUUGGGCUGCUUGGUCUUUAAAUGGAACUGAUGAGCCUAAUUAUGUUGGAGAGGGAUUUGCCAUGAUGUCUGGAACUAGCAUGGCUGCACCACAUAUAGCUGGGAUAGCUGCCCUUAUUAAGCAAAGGCAUCCACAUUGGAGCCCAGCAGCCAUCAAGUCAUCGUUGAUGACAACCGCAAAUACUCUGGACAGAGCAGGAAGGCCUCUCCUAGCACAGCAGUAUUCUGAAACAGAAGCCAUGAAGUUUGUCAAAGCUAUUCCAUUUGAUUAUGGGAGUGGACAUGUAAAUCCAAGAGCUGCCCUGGACCCUGGGCUCAUCUUUGAUGCAGGAUACAAGGAUUACUUGGGGUUCUUGUGCUCAACUCCUGGGAUUAAUGUUAAUGAAAUAAGGAAAUACACACACUCACCAUGUAACGGUACCAUGGGGCACCCAUCCAAUUUAAACACCCCAUCAAUUACAAUUGCCCACCUCGUGGGAACUCAAACUGUCACCAGGACUGUCACCAAUGUUGCCGAGGAAGAAACCUAUGUAAUCACUGCCAGAAUGGAGCCGGCUGUUGCCAUCGAAGUGAACCCUCCGGCGAUGACUGUCAAAGCAGGCGCAUCACGUAAGUUUUCCGUGACUCUUACGGUUCGUAGAGUGACAGGACUGUAUAGUUUUGGAGAGGUUUUAUUGAAAGGAAGCAGAAGGCACAAGGUGAGGAUCCCUGUUCUGGCCAAUGGAUACUCCAGAUAGCUUGGUUAGGAAGGGAAAGAGAAGUAAUGCUUGUAAUAUUCUUUUAAACUCUUGGGAAAUAAUGCUGAAGCUAGAUUUAUUGGUCUAAUAUAUAUAUAUAUAUAUAUAUUCAAUAGGUGUAAAGGUAAGAUUGUGUAAGGGGGGAGACUCAUAGUUUCUUCAACUCAUAAAUUUUUGCUAAUGCUGGUGAUUUGUUGAAGUGCUUCUUAAUUAAAGUCUUAGGCAUAAGUAAUCAGUUCCUGCAUCUUUCCACAUGAAAUGUUACUUCAGGAGGUUUAAUAAA